AUGGGUGUGCAUGCACUAUGGGAUAUUUUGGGACCAACUGCACGCCCUGUCAAACUCGAGUCUCUAUCCAACAAUCGCAUGGCUGUCGAUGCAUCCAUAUGGAUAUAUCAGUUCUUGAAGGCAGCUAGGGACAAGAAUGGCAAUAGGCUGAAAGGCGCCCAUAUAAUUGGGUUUUUCCGUCGCAUAUGCAAGUUAUUAUACUUUGGCAUUAAACCUGUGUUCGUUUUUGAUGGUGGUGUUCCACCUUUGAAGAGGGAAACUAUCCGUCAGAGGAAGGAGAGGCGAGAGGGCAAGCGCGAGAGUGCAGCGGUAACUGCCCGCAAGCUGCUGGCCCUACAGGUACAGCAACAGGGGGACACGGCAUUUAAGGGCAAUAGUAGGUCAAAAUCUGAAGGUUCGGUUACCUUCCGCCCAUCUGAUGAGUAUGAACUACCGAAUAUUCCUGGCUUCCUAUAUGAUGAGCGCGAUGAACGUGUAAUGUCAACCGAAGAGUAUAAGGCUGUGUUUGAACAUCUAGACGAACUAGAUGGUAUUGAUUUAGAGUCAAUUAACCCUGCAUCCAAAGAAUUUGACGAACUUCCAAAUGCGACCCAAUACCUUAUUCUCUCCACUCUCCGCCUACGUUCGAGAUUAAGAAUGGGUUACACCAAAGAACAACUUGAGGAAAUAUUCAAAGAUAGCAUGGAUUUCUCACGAUUCCAAAUUGAAAUGGUUAAAAAGAGGAAUUUUUAUACUCAAAAGCUGAUGAAUACAACGGGCGUCCAUGACGGUGGCCUUUCGAAGUUGGACUUGGAACAUUCACGCAGCAGAGUUGCAGGCCAGCGACAGAAGGAGUAUACACUUGUUAAAACAGAGAUGGGCUGGGCGAUGAGUCUUGGAGAGUAUGAUGGAUCAGAGGCUAGCAAAGCUAUUCCUCUAGAUGACGCUGCUAUAGCGCCCACGCGUCCAGUGCAGUCCAGUUGGUCUGGAAACGAUGUCGAGGACAGUGAUGAGGAUAAUCUCGAAUGGGAGGAUAUCGAUAUAGCGCCUAAGAAAGAAAAGAAGGUAGCCGAUUACUCGUUGAAGGCUUCUGCUAUUCCCACAACAAUAGUAGAGGGAAGUUCUACUGGCAGUCAGUCUUUUCUGGAUAGACCUUUUAGAAACAGUGGGAAAUUGCGGCAACCCGAGAGAGCGAUACAGUUUGUUGACGACAAUAGUACCGAUUCAGAUCGUGAGUAUUUGGAUUACGUAGAAGAAACGACGAAUAUGGAGGAACUAAAGAAAACCCGUGGCAACUUGGCAGGCGUUGAGCAUCGCGUCUCGAAGCAUAAUCCUUACAAAACAGCUCCAGAUAAUGCCACUAGCGAAGAAUCAUUAAAAGACUUAUCAGAAGUAGAAGAAGUCCCUCGAAAGCCCGGUACUCGCAAUGAUGCACAGUUUCCUUUGCAGCAUAAAGGUACUCAUAAUAUUAUGACAGAUAAAAUAAAUUCGGAAUUAAAUGACCGCAUGAUACCUGACGUGCAUACCUUGCCCAGCAUUAACCUAGGUAAGGGCUCAUUCCUAUUUGAUAUUAAGACCUCUAAAGAAGAAUCAUCUAGCUCUGGUGAAACAAAACCUGAGCAACGUAAGAUUAAUCAGGAUGUACCCCUUUGGUUUAAUUCAGUGCCAACAACCAAUCCUCACACAGCUACUGGGUUCGUUUCAGAUAAAGAGACAAGUACUUUCACUGAGGAUGAAAAGCUUGGUAUCUUCUCGGGGGUUGCUGCCACGGAACUCAUGCGUCAGAAUGUGUCCUCUACCGACCUUGAAUCGCUGGAAAAGGAACUGGAUGGUGAUUCUAACGACCUGGAAGAACUUACGCAACUAAAUAAAGAACACACAGAGCCAACGCGUGCACCUGACAUACCAAAAGGAUAUUUGCUUAAGGAUACCACACAACGCUCAAAAGAAGAAUCUACUUUCGCAUAUGACUUCCCCGAAGAAGAGGAAGAAGUCCUAGUCGAGCAGUUAAGGAAAGAACAUGCCGACUAUAAUCGCUUCAAGCACACGUUAGACCCUUCCAUUGCGACUACCGCAUUUAUUGAAGACGAAUUAUAUGAACAGAAUACGAAGGAUAAGCGUGACGCUGAUGAGGUUACGCCAGAGAUGAUUAGGGAUAUUCAACAGCUGCUGUCUAUAUUCGGCAUCCCUUACCUAACCGCGCCUAUGGAAGCAGAAGCUCAAUGUGCAGAGCUUUUACGGCUGAAGCUGAUAGACGGUAUCAUUACAGAUGAUAGUGAUGUUUUCCUGUUUGGAGGGUCAAAAGUCUUUAAAAAUAUGUUCCAAGAAAAGAACUAUGUUGAGUACUACAAUACGGAGACUAUAUCGGCAGAACUAGGCUUAGACCGUUUAAAGUUCAUCGCGCUUGCCCAAUUAAUGGGUAGUGAUUAUACGAAUGGCAUCAAAGGAAUUGGACCGGUGUCCGGUAUAGAGAUACUUGCUAAUUAUAACACUCUGGAAGAGUUUCGCACAUGGUACAAUGAGGGACAAUUCCGGAAAAGCUUGCUAGAUAAGGAGUCGCUAUUCCAAAAGAAUCUCCGAAAAAAGCUGACUAAAAGUGGUGUUGUUCUGGGCGACGAUUUCCCUAGUGCGGCGGUAAGUGAUGCGUACCUUAACCCAGAGGUGGACCACGAUACGACCAAAUUUGUGUGGGGCCUACCAGAAUUGGACAGUCUGAGAACUUUUCUUGGUAGCACCCUCGGGUGGCCGACGGAAAAAGCAGACGAGGUUCUGAUUCCGCUUAUCAGAGAACUGAACAAGCGGAGAAGCAAGGGUACACAGUCUACAUUAGUCGAGUUCUUUCCCACAAAAUUUAUUGACGCUGACAAAGGCGCGAAAUUAGGUAGAAGAAUUAGAGAUGCCACGGUUAUGCUCAAGAAACGGCGUACGAAGUAA